AUGGGAGUGUACAAUGAACAAGGGUCCGUUGUACAGGAACCAGAAUCCUGCCACAUGCUGAUCAAAGAGAGUAAAAAUGGGUCAUCCUCCCUUACCUUUCGCUCGAGGCUCAGCAGACUUUCCCCAAGACAUGUCUACAAUGACAUGAUGUUUAUGGUUGGUGGAUGGACCCAGGAUGACCCAUCCUGUCUGGUAGAGCAGUUCUGCCCCGAGUAUAACGAGUGGAGAGCAGCUGCACGAAUGGUUAACAGUCGAGGCUGCGUUGCUGUUGGAACACUGGAUGGCAAGAUCUACGCCGUGGGUGGGGAAGAUAACAUUAGAUGCUACAGCAGUGUGGAGAGGUACAGCCCUGACACAGACAGCUGGAGUGCAGAUGUAGCACCCUUGAGCAGUCCUCGCAGCGGAGCGUGUCUGGUGGCGAUGGAUGGAUAUCUGUAUGCGAUUGGAGGACAUGAUGGCAUAACUGUCAUGAAUACUGUGGAGAGGUAUGAUCCAAAAGUGAACACUUGGAGCAAGCAGGUACCAAUGCUGACCAGAAGAACCAGAGCCAUGGCUGCUGUGCUGCACGGUUACUUGUAUGUGAUGGGAGGAAAUGAUGGUGAAACCACUCUAAACUCAGUGGAGCGGUACAACCCUGCAGAUGGUACCUGGUCAAUAUGUGCCUACAUGCUGAGUCCUAGGGAGAAUGCUGGCUGCACCGUGUAUCUGGGCUGCAUCUAUGUAGCUGGGGGCAAAGAUGAGCUUAGCCUGCAGCUCUGUGCUGCUGAGAGGUUUGACCCUGACAAUAUGAGGUGGUCGCCGGUGAAACGCAUGAGGAACAAGAGAGACAAUAUGUCCCUUGUAGUCUUCAAUGGUACGUUGUUGGCUAUGGGAGGACAUGAUGGUGUCACCACCCUGAAAACACUAGAGGUUUACAGUCAUGAAAGCAACACAUGGAGACACUUUGGGAGCAUGAAGAGCAAGCAUCCAGGCGGGAGAGUGGCUGUACUGUGCUGAGACUUGACAACAUUUGUAUUAUAUGGUCAGGAAACAAGUGUUGGAGACUAAUUACCUAAUGGACGCAUUUUGAUAUGGAGUAGAUUGAAUGAGGCAGCACAAUGACUGCAUAACUAGAGGGUUCUCUCCAAAAUGAGACAUAGCUGCAUUAGUCAAAGCUGGCAACUUUGUGCUGCAAAAUGAUUGCAAUUCCAGCACACUGUAGGCUGCCAGGUUACCAUUAUUUAUUUAUUUACUUACUUCUUCUUGUGUAUAGCUUGCUAAAUUAACCUUAUUUAUGAGGGAAAAAAAUGGUAAAAGUGAGUUUAAAGCUGUAUUAUUCACGAUAAAGAUAGAGAUAAGGUAUGCAUGUUUACCAAUGCCUAUUGAUCAUCAAUGAUAAAUGAGAGAAAUGAGCCAAGGAGAUGAGGUGAGGUGGUAGGUGUGCUGUUAAAGAGGAUUUAUUGGAAUAUAAAUGGGUCUCAGAUAUGCCUUGAUUGUGAAAAACUCAUGACAGUUAAAAUAGAAAGAAGUUUGCUGAGUGUUUUAAAAAGCUCACAGAGUUGUAAUACUAAAAGCUUUCAGUGUUUAAUUUUUUUUCUCUUACUGUACAUUUCUGGAUCAUUUAUUAUCACAUUUUGGUUGAAAUGCUCUAUUUUAACUCCUGACUUUAUAAAAGUUAAAACCCACCUUUUCCAGGGCAACUCUGUUUGGUUUG